UGUCCGUUGUUUCCACUUUAUUCGAAGUGUACACCAGCAUCAAAAUAAAAAAAAACUAUUUAUUUUCAAUGUCGGAACCGGAUUUUAGCAAACCAACUUUGUUGGACGACCUGAAGCAGGAAUAUGAGGAUUCAUUUGACGAUGACGGACAAUCAUUCCGAAACUAUAGCGAUGAUGCUGUCCAGCAGGAUGAUUACUACCAAGCUUGCAGUUCUUUCAAUGAUUCCACUGCACUCGCUAGUACUACGCCAGAGUAUCAAAUGCAGCAAAAGUAUACAUUGCAGGAUUUGCAUCCCACAGUAAAGGAUCCUCGCUGUGAUCCGAAUUGGCCGCUGGCGACUCUGUGGCCCGUGUUUGUGAGCAAUUUUCGCUGUGCUGAAAUAAAGAUGCUAGAUUUUAGACUACGAAGAUUCUUUGCAUCAAACGAUCUGUUCGUGCGCUGGUGGUUCCAGCCUGCGGAUGACUACUAUCGAGAUUUCCAGACACGUGCUGGAUUGUAUGACAUGUUAGUGUAUUUCGUUUCAGAAAAAGACGCCCAACAGGCUAUUGAACGAUGCAAUCGAAUCACAUAUGAAGCUUUCACGUUAAACGUGUUGGAUGGACGUGAACCAGUCUACUUUCCAGUGGAUCGUACCCUUUACUUUAAACAUAUGAUUGCAGGUUUUGAUUUCAGCCAACAAUAUUUCGAAAAUAACAUGGCCCGCUUCGGCCAUAUUGUGUGCGCAGUAAAAUAUGGCAUUAAAUCCGGAGCAGUAGAAUACCGUGAUACGAAAAGUAGGGACACGGCUCAAUAUAUACAACGCUUAUGGGAUGCAGUUCCUGUGCCCAAAAAUUUGAAGAAACAACGAUAUCUGGAAGAUGAUAUGCGAGAUAAUAUUUUGCAGUGUAUUCUGACAUGUCCCGGAGCAUUUAAAUUAGACGAGAAUGAAACAAUCACUCGCUGGGCACUAGGUAGCCUUGAUAGGUCUUGUCUAGAAGAACCAAACCACACUGUGCAGCGCAUUGCUAUAGCGGUAAAAAAGAAGCCAACGGAAGCCCAAGCUAUAAAGAUUCAGCGUAGAAAGGAUAGACAAGUUAGAGAAAUACGACGACGGAUCUGUAGAGAUUUACGCGCCGGUGUGCCACCGAGAUGUUACCAUAAAACCAUGGGAGCUAUAAGACUAUUUCGUAGAAUACUCACACAGAUCAAGCGGGAAAAGAAACUGCCUUGAGUGUCCUCAAGCAGUUUUUUUGCUGAAUACAUUUUAAUUCUAUAACGUUGAACUUGAACAGAAUUUUUUCAGGCAUAGCUUAACUUGGCGACAAGUUAAUUUUUUUUAACUGAAAUAUACUUUACAAUUAAAAUAUAUUUCUAUUGACAGGUUGGUUGAUGUAAUGUUGAA